AAUAAUGAUGACAGUUCGUAAAAAUAUCAAAUUAACUUCUGGUCAUUCUAUUCCAACUGUAGGACUUGGAUGUUAUGAAUUACCUCGUAACUUGACGAAAUCCAUUGUCUAUGAAGCAUGUAAGGUUGGAUAUAGACACUUUGAUACUGCAGUUCUCUAUCAAAAUGAAUUUGAAGUUGGACAGGGAAUAAGUCAAUGGUUAGAAGAAGACCCCGUAAACAAUAAACGUGAAGAUAUUUUUUACACUUCAAAACUUUGGAAUUCUGAAUGUGGAUAUACUAAUGCCAAGGAGGCAAUUGAUAGGUGUUUACAAAAAGUGAAACAAUUAGGAUAUAUUGAUUUAUUAUUAAUUCAUUCACCACUUGCAGGACCAAAGAAAAGGUUGGAAACUUGGAAGGCACUUCAAGAGGCUGUAGAUCAAGGAAUUGUUAAGAGUAUAGGGGUUUCCAAUUAUGGAGUCCAACAUUUGGAACAAUUACUUCUGUGGGAUGAAUUAAAAUACAAACCUGUAGUGAAUCAAAUUGAGAUUAGUCCAUGGAUUAUGCGUCAAGAAUUGGCAGAUUGGUGUCGUAGCCAUGAUAUCGCAGUUGAGGCAUUUGCUCCCUUAACCCACGGGUUUAAAGUUGAGGAUUCCGAAUUAGGCCGAAUCGCGGCUAACCACAACGUUACUCCAGUUCAAGUAUUGAUCAGAUGGUCACUUCAACAUGGUAACAUCCCUCUUCCUAAAACUAAGACAAUUUCCAGAUUGAAGGGAAAUCUUGAUGUAUAUGAUUUUGAACUUAGUGAAGAAGAAAUUGCUUUGAUUGACAAGCCUGAUAGUUAUGAUCCAACUGAUUGGGAAUGUACUGAUGCUCCAUGAAGAAACACCAGGUGGAUUGUAUAUGAAAAUAAAAAUAAAUAUAUAACUCACUAAGUAGAACUAGAACGUCUCAUGAGUACUAUGAUGAAUAUGUUUGAUACGUAAUCUACAAAUAUACAUCAUCCAUCAACAUCAC